UCUCUAAUUGAGGCACAACAUUGUUCUGUUCUGGUAAGUUCAUUUCAAAAUUGAAAAGAUGAUGUUUUCCAUUCUUUUUCUGCUUUUUAUGCCAAUACCACAAGUCAGAACGGGUUCCUUGUUAACCGGUACGUAUGAUCCGAACUCUACGGCUUUGAUCAAUGAAAUACGUGAUAUCAAGGAAAUCGACGUUCUUCGGCAGAUCAUCAACCAAGAGACUCUUAUUCGUGUAGCAGUGGUCAAGGAUGUGCAGGCAGUAGUGGACGAUCUUAGUUCUGUGAAGCGAAGCAUGGCGUCUUCAGAAACGAUGGUGUCCACGCUACAGCAGACAUUAGAAUCAUUGAAAAGUCAGGUUGAUUCUUUAAAUCGGGACAAUACUUUAGCGCAGAAAGUAGAGACAUUACAAAGGCAGGUUUAUACCCUACGGCAGGACAAAACUUUGGAGAAGAGAGUUGAAACAUUAGAGAGACAGGUUAAUACUCUAAGUCAGGAUAAAGCUUUACAACGAAAGGUAGAAAUAUUACAAAGGAAGGUUGAUUCUCUGACUGAGGAGCAGAUAAGAGAAAAAGAAAACUGGCAUGAAAAGAUUCAGGAAAUUGAACAGAAGUUUAAUAGAAACAUCACCGAAGUUUACGAACUUCUAAAUAACAGAACGUUGGAAACCAUUAUAAAAGAUUUCAAACUAUAUGUGGACUGCAAACACUACUAUCUACAAGGACAAACACAGUCAGGUGUUUAUAGAAUUAGUCCCUUCGGUAAUGAGAGUCAGAUAGAGGUGUACUGUGAUAUGGUGACAGAAGGCGGAGGGUGGACAGCAAUUCAGAAACGGGUGAGCGGAUCCGAGAGUUUUGACAGAACGUGGGCGGAGUACAAGAAUGGGUUUGGGUUCCCUGAUGACUCAUACUGGAUUGGAAAUGACGCUAUUCACCAGCUGACAAAGGGAAGAAACUCUUCCCUGUACGUCUCCAUUACAUUAAAAAAUGGCACAACGUUUUAUGAACUUUAUCAACAGUUUUCUAUUAAUGAUGAAGCAGACAACUACAGCCUUUUUCUUGGAGGGCCAGCUACCGGAACCUUAGUUGACAGUAUGUUACACACGGGGAAUUCUGACUAUAAUCUGUCUGGGAUGUCAUUCUCCACACCAGACAGAGACAACGACAGGUAUAGUGGUAACUGUGCUGCUCUCAGUACCAUAAGAGGAGGCUGGUGGUUUAACAACUGUCACGCCGCCUUCCUUAACAUUCAAUGGUCCCCGGCAGUCUGGUCCUGGCCUUGGUGGCCUACAGUAAGGAGUGGAACAGAUGUUAAGGAGACAAUGAUGUUAGUAAGACGUCACUAGAUGCAGAUGAUAACGGAGAAAAGAAAUAGAUAGAUAAUUCAAUGGAGAUUUCAAAAGACUACUAUUGUCUAUGAUAAAACAUUGGAUAAUUCUAUAGAAUACUAUUGUUUAAAAUAAAGCAAUUGAUAAUUCAAUCGACUACUAUUGUCUAUGGUAAACCUUUGGAGAAUUCAAUAUGGUACUUUUAUAACUAUUAUAAAGCAAUGAAAUAAACAUUUUAAUUUUUCAACAAAAUUUUUGAAUUUUAUUACGUUAUUAUUAUGUAAUUACGAUUUUUAAUUACAAAUCCCUGAAUGUAAGGGGCGUAUUAGUGUUUUAUUAAUUACGAAUUUAAAUGAUAAAUAUCUAAAGAAAAUUGACGUGAUUUGUGUUUUAUGAAUAACGAGUUUAAAUAAUAAAUCUAUGAAUAAAAUGGG